UAUCAUAAAUGGAGAUCAUCAAGCGAGGGUUUGCACCCGAACAACUAGUUAACAUCAGGAGCCAUCAUAACCAACAAGCACAAACUUCUAUUGGAAAUUGAACCAGAUUCGGUAGCAAACUGAAGCUGAAGAUCAGGAAUUCUUAUGACAAGAUGCACAGUGAUCUUCAGAAAGCUCGAAUUAUGUCGCCUCGAGUUGUAAGAUUUGGGGAGAAAAUCAGUUGCUUCACGCUUACAAUUAAGAAUUAAAGAAAUACCCCCACCCAUAUCAAUGGCGAUGCUCCGAUCGAGUACUCCUCAGUUUGAUCACGAGAUCAUGCUUUUGGCUCAAAAAUUUCCAGUAAUUCCUCUCAGAAGAAGAAGGGAAGGAUAUAGGGACGCUCUCAGAAUCAAGCAUUCUUCCACAGGAUGCUAUGAAUUUGAAAGGCUUCAUCAAGGAGAAAUAGAACUGUUUAACACACGAAAAUUAGCCAGUAAAAUAAAAUCUUGGAUCCUCAAAACAGCUUACAAGGCAUACGCUAUUCGUAUGAAGAAAUAUAAUAAACCCAUUCCCAAAAUGUGAGUUUACCCCUCUGCAUUCAGGAACUAUACUGGAAAGCAUAAACCUCACAAAAGAAGGACAAAAAGGAAUAAACAACAGAGCCAUAUUAACAUCGUGACCAAGAGCUCAAACUACAACUCAAAUUUUAACCAUAACACACAAGGAAAGGAAGACUUUCAUGAUGAAAUAGAGCUACAAUAUGGAGACUUUGCUGAGGAACGGGAGUUUUUAAUGAAAACUCUUGAUACCCGAAACUGAAACACUCCUCAACUUCUCCCAAAUGAAAUAAUAACCCCUCUUGCUGCUGAAGAAAUCAUGCCUCAAUCCAAACUAAGCAAGCAAGAAAGUUUCAAAUUCUUUCCAAAAACUCUGGCACCCUUAGUAAACCAGCAGGCCAAAUACAUCAGAAGGACUCCUUCUAAAAACACCCCUGCUCAAAAGACUAUUGUUAGGAAUAAUAUUUCAAAAUAAUUGUUUUCAGAGCAGUUCUCCUAAGCCCAUUCCUAAGAAUUUCAGAAGGAGUAAUUUCCCGCUCAAAAAAUUCAAAAUUUACAGGAAGAAGCGAUGCGAGGAUCAAAAUGUUAUGAAAUAAUCUUCGAAGACAUUCAAGGAACUAUUCUGAAUAUAAACAGAACUUCUUCAUCAACACUCCUAAACAAGUUAGCAUCCAGGCUGAGCAUAAGCUGCUGCAUGCAAAGAAGGGGUAUAAACUUCCUGCCAACGCAAGGGUCAGUAGACAGAGGAAGAGCCAGGUCAUUCCUCAGCCAAGCCAUCUCGUCACAAAGAUUAACAAGAUCUUGAAUCCUGGGCUAAAAUUACCAUUGAUCUCUUAACCUUACAGCAAGAGCAUCAGAUUUUAUUUAUAAGAUCGUGUUCACCAAUCUGUGUCUUAAAAGUUUC